ACAGGUGAUGUGAGACAGAUAACGCUUUAUACAAGCACAAAUAAAAUACGCUAUGAAGGAAAUAAAGCUACCAGAUAUCUUCAUACGUACAAAGGCGGCGAAAAAAUUGGGAAUAUGAUGAAAAUGAACAUCCUGUGGUGCUGUCUUGUAGCAGUUUUAUUGAAAACAUCAGAAUGUGCAGUAGAUGUAGAAAAAACAGUCCAACAAGUACAAAGUAUAUUAAAAGCUAAUCUCCAACUACCAAGAUUAACAAGAGAUGAAAUCAUACAAUUAAUGAACGAUAUCAAAGCAGAAGAUGCAAAAAGUUCGACAUCAAGGCAAUCUACUGAAGAUAGUGGAGAAGCAAAAACUACCACGACAUUAAAUACUGUUGAAAACGAAAUAAAUCCGAUCACUCAAACACCUAAUUCUUUAGAGAAUAUACCAGAAAUCGAUAAAGAUGUUGAAGUAACUUCAAUACCACCGAGUUCCGUUGAACAUACGACUAGAAAAGCCGGGUCUACAUUAAUGGUAGUUUUACCAUACACUCCACGUGAUGGGUCGUCUUUACAAGAGCUGUACACGCGACCACCACGAGUCGAGGUUGUGCCAGUAGCAGUAACACCUCAACCUGUAAAGACACUAAAAUCCAACACACUUCUAGACACUUUGACAGACAAUGCUAGAUUGGCAUAUCAGAAAAAGGAUAACUUCCCUGCUGAACUGCAAGCAUUCUUGGAUGCCCAUGGCUUAAAAGGCACGCCCGGUCAAGACCACUUUUUGUUACCUCUUGAAGGGUUCAAGCCACUACCGCCAGCCACAAUCGUUGAUGGAAAUGUUCAGCUGCCAGAAAAUAUAUUGCUAACGUAUGAUCUGAUUUCCCCUGAUGCUCUAAAAGCAAGUAAUGAAAAGUUACAAUCAUUAUCUCCUAAUAACUUUUUAUACGAGCCACUGCGACCUGAAUUACCAUUUGAAUUAGAGACCGCGUCAUCAGAAAUAAAAGAAACCAGCUACCCUUACGACAUGCCAAAAACAAGAAAACCAAAAUCGACGGACACUGCUUCUUAUGAACCCAUUGAUUACGAUUCUGUUAAAGUUAUACCUUUGAACAAAGGUAUAAAUCCAUUGGAAGAUCUUAGAGCAAUUGUAGAGAACGAGCAAAUUAAGAGACAGGCAAAUUCGACGAACAGCACCUCGGAAAACUCAACAACUACUGAAGAACCAAAAAAUGCUGUGACUGACGCACCUGAUUCCGUACCGGCUGACACAGAUUCUGGUGCUUCUAUCUCGGAUCUAGAAGAUUCUUUCGGUGGUGCAGCACCUUCAAAACCAGGGGAUUCUGAAUUACCCCCACCAAGGAAGAAUGGUUUCUACUGGAUGCUGGAUUGGAAUAGUUUCUUAGAAGUAGGUGAUGGUGAUACUAAAGUAAAUAUUCGUUUCGAGCCCAAAUUAGGUGAUCCGCAAAUGUUCUUGCCUGUUACUGUUCCAUGAAAAAUGUUUUAGAUGACGUAAUACUUACCAGUUCUAGUCUUGAGGUUAGUUUAGUGGUAGAGGGGAUGCCUUUCCCGUGGAAAUUGGUUUAAGGGCAUUGGGUUUUUGGAACAAGGGUGCUGAUAGGAUUGUUUCUUCUAUAUAAAGAUGACCUCAAAUUUUUACCUAACUAGCGAAUUUAGUGUCUAAUUUAAUUUUAAAUACCUUAAAACCGAUUUGUUCUUUUAUUUAGAAGGUAAGAUGGAUCGCAACCGAUUAAAAAUAUUUAUAAACUUUAUUGAAAAUAGAGACUGCAAAUUUUGAUUAAACAUAUCGAAAUA